GCAGACCUCCUCCUGCGGCCACUUGACUGCAGCCAAAUGAAUGAAAACUGGUUCCUGAAAAACGAGUUUCUUCUCCUGCAAGCUUUUGCCUUUUAGAAUGACAUUAUUAAUUUCAAAGGCUAGGUAGGAAUUGGUGGGCGGGGUGGAGAUGAAACAGUGGACUUGGACUUGUAAUUUGGUGUCGUCCUCACUGGCAUGUCCAGCGUGUUGAGAGUAGCCGUUGCAAGUGUUGGAGGGGACGGCGUGGCCAAGAGCUAUUUUGGUAAACAUCUUUAUAGUGUGGCUCCGUUGUUGUCAGUAAUGUGAGUGCUUGGGAACGUCUGCCUGGCUUCUUUGCUCGUGGGAUCGAGAUCAGGCUUAACCAGGAGAGAGAUGGAGGUGCUCCCAGUGUUGGAGGCAGACGUCCUGCCUGGAAGCAGCAGGAAGUGAACUGAAGUCACUGAACUAGGUGCCCUUUUGAUGUUCACAGUAAUAGCAGUCUUUUUCUCUGCCUUCUUUGUAGACGCAAGUUAAGUAUAUGUGUGCAUUUUGGGGGUCAUUUCCUUAGCAUGCAGAUUUAUGUCUCUGGGGUCUUUAAAAAAUGUUGGAAAGGAUGAUUCGUUUUAUGUUGAAGGUGUUUUUUGUAUAACCGUAUGUAUAAAUUAUGUCUGGAUAUUUUGAUGUUUGCAUGAUUCUAAACCAGAGAGCACGUUGUCUCCCUAGGGUCUUCAGGAGCACCUUUUGUUUUAAUCAUACAGUGGUUGCAAGAUGAGAGAUUGUGACAGUGACAUUCUCUCCCAGUGGGAUGGGAUCCAAGGUGACAGGUUAGACUCUGCCUCCUGGUUUUCUGGGGGAGACUUAGAAAACACAGCAGCAUAAACACAGGAUGCAGAGUGGUGCACAUCCUGUAGGCCUUCUAGACAAACUGUUUUCUUAAGUAUACACCUGGUUGUGAACGUUGUUUUAUACCACCCUGACUCCCCAGCCCCGUGGGAUUCCAGCUCAGCCUGCUAGCACUUAGAUUCUUGUGUUCCUUUCUUGGCUCUUAGCCCGAGAGGAGGCAGCUUCCUUAGACUAGAGACAAUCAUUUAGAGGUUUAGGCUUAAAGUCUUCCUCAAAAUAACUCAGACCGAACGCAUUCAUUUAAAUGGCAUCCACGGGGAUAAAGCAAGCAGAUUGCAAGUGCCUGGGAGCCUGAACACUUCCUAAGCUUAGUGUCUUCACAGAGGAUGCCUCCACUGGGUCAUUCUGCAGAACUUUCCACAUUGGGUUAAGCUGGACUAGAAGAUAGAGCCUUUGCUUGAGGUGGGGGAGAUGCUUGGGUCCUCUUCAUCCCGCUACCCACUGGGAAGUCCUGGGUGCUGUGUGCAGGCUUCGCAACACUGAAGCUUUGUAAGUUUGAUGCUUACUUGGUCUUUGGUCUUGUUUACCCCGCAUGGAAAGUAACAUUCCAAAACUAAGAGGAAAACAAGUUACCUCGCCUAAAGAUAAGAGCGAGUGUCUCAUCAGACACCUACCUUUGUUACUUUUUUUCUGUGCCAAACCUCACAGCUGCGGGGGUGGGGGGCUGGAGGGGGAUUUUGCAGUUUUAGCUCAUGAAUCUGGCAAGCCAUAUUUAUUAAUAAUUUCUGGCAUAUAAAUUAAAAAUCUGAAUGACUGAAGGAAAAGCAGUGGGACCCAGCUGGGCUGUAAGUUCAGGCUGUUUGCAUCAGAAAAGAUAACAGUAGCUAACUACAGAGUCUAUCCUACCGCCAUAAACAACCUCUUCUGGCAGAUUCUUAAGGUUUUAUCCUCCUUCAGAGCCUAAGAAGAGUGUUGUCAGAAGGGGGAGUUAAUUCCAUUUUUUAAGAUGGAUAGUGGACAUUGUCCAUAUUAUUGGCCCCUAGUUUUCUUACAACAGAUACCCAAAAGAGAUAGCAUUAGAUUCCACUGGUGCUAAUUUUGGUACUUAGAAAAGCACUAAAGCUAGCCAAUAAACUCUACAGUAGCCCUCCAUGAACAAUGGCUGUUAAAAUUCACACAUAGGAACAUGAAUCACACACACACGCACACACACACACACACACACACCCCUGUGUGCUUUUACAUUUACAUAAAGCAGUGUUUGCAGUUUGAACUCCCAGUAUGCAGGUGCGGCAUCUGCAGGAGUUGAAACAAAAUGUCAGUCAGUGUGCAUGAGAACCGCAAGUCCAGGGCCAGCAGUGGCUCCAUCAACAUCUACCUGUUUCAUAAGUCCUCCUACGCGGACAGCGUUCUCACUCACCUGAACCUUCUGCGUCAGCAGCGGCUCUUCACAGAUGUCCUUCUCCAUGCGGGAAACAGGACCUUCCCUUGCCACCGGGCAGUGCUGGCUGCGUGCAGCCGCUACUUCGAAGCCAUGUUCAGUGGUGGCCUGAAAGAGAGCCAGGACAGUGAGGUGAACUUCGACAAUUCCAUCCACCCAGAAGUCUUAGAGCUGCUUCUAGACUACGCAUACUCCUCCCGGGUCAUUAUCAAUGAAGAAAAUGCUGAGUCGCUCCUGGAGGCUGGUGACAUGCUGGAGUUCCAGGACAUCAGAGAUGCGUGUGCAGAAUUUCUAGAGAAGAACCUGCAUCCCACCAACUGCCUGGGUAUGCUGCUGUUGUCUGAUGCCCACCAGUGCACCAAGCUGUACGAACUCUCCUGGAGAAUGUGUCUCAGCAACUUCCAAACCAUUCGGAAGAACGAAGAUUUCCUCCAGUUGCCCCAGGACAUGGUUGUGCAGCUGCUGUCCAGUGAAGAACUGGAGACGGAAGACGAAAGGCUGGUGUAUGAGUCUGCGAUGAACUGGAUCAGCUAUGACCUGAAGAAGCGCUACUGUUACCUCCCGGAACUGUUGCAGACAGUGAGGCUGGCCCUCCUUCCUGCCAUCUAUCUCAUGGAGAACGUGGCGAUGGAAGAACUCAUCACCAAGCAGAGAAAGAGUAAGGAGAUCGUGGAAGAGGCCAUCAGGUGCAAACUAAAAAUCUUACAGAAUGACGGCGUGGUCACCAGUCUCUGUGCUCGUCCUCGGAAAACUGGCCAUGCCCUGUUCCUCCUGGGAGGGCAGACUUUCAUGUGUGACAAACUGUACUUGGUAGACCAGAAGGCUAAAGAAAUCAUUCCCAAGGCUGACAUUCCCAGCCCGAGGAAAGAGUUCAGCGCAUGUGCAAUUGGCUGCAAAGUAUAUAUUACUGGGGGGCGGGGAUCAGAGAACGGAGUCUCAAAAGAUGUCUGGGUUUACGAUACCCUGCAUGAGGAGUGGUCCAAGGCUGCCCCCAUGCUGGUGGCCAGGUUUGGCCAUGGAUCUGCUGAACUGAAGCACUGCCUCUAUGUAGUCGGUGGGCACACAGCUGCAACUGGCUGCCUCCCAGCCUCCCCCUCGGUCUCCCUAAAGCAAGUAGAACAGUAUGACCCCACAACCAACAAAUGGACCAUGGUAGCCCCACUCCGCGAAGGUGUCAGCAAUGCUGCUGUAGUGAGUGCCAAACUUAAGCUGUUUGCUUUCGGGGGUACCAGUGUGAGCCACGACAAGCUGCCCAAGGUUCAGUGUUACGAUCAAUGCGAGAACAGAUGGUCAGUGCCGGCCACCUGUCCCCAGCCCUGGCGUUACACAGCCGCAGCUGUGCUGGGAAACCAGAUUUUUAUCAUGGGUGGAGAUACAGAGUUCUCUGCCUGCUCCGCUUACAAAUUCAAUAGUGAGACUUACCAGUGGACCAAGGUGGGAGAUGUGACAGCCAAGCGCAUGAGCUGCCACGCCGUGGCGUCCGGGAACAAGCUUUACGUAGUUGGAGGGUACUUCGGCAUUCAGCGCUGCAAGACUUUGGACUGUUACGACCCAACUUUAGAUGUGUGGAACAGCAUAACCACUGUUCCCUACUCUCUGAUCCCUACUGCAUUCGUCAGCACCUGGAAACACCUGCCUUCCUAAUGUAGAGCAUCCUAAAGAAAGCACGCAUGAGCUCAUUCUGAUGCACGGCGAGAUGAGAUGUCAUUUCUGCUUUGGAGAAGGCAAGUUUAAUGAAGAGAAAGAAAAACAGGAGCAGUUGCUACUGAGACUCCUCGAAUACCAUCGGCUGCACCUUGCAAACACUCUCAAGUGGACAUGAAGGAAGGGGUGGGGGGAGGGGCGGGUUUUUUUUUUUUCAAUAUAAGUAGCACAUGGUUUAAAUAUGAAUGACUGAACUUGUGAUCUAGUCCUUGUCUGGUAAUUGUGGAUUAAUGUCAGCGUUAAUCAGCCCCUCAAAGGGAGAGAAAAGCUGGGCUUUUCCCUUGCUGUACCUCAUUCAGCUUUUGAUUUCCAUGGCCCCACCAUUUAUGUGCAAGAUUUGCAAUGGUUGUCAGCUUCCUCUGAAGACCGAGCUUGACGCCUCCAUGCCAGCUGCCGUUGGAGACGCAAAGCCAAGCAAGGGUCAGGAGGGAAGCUGGCCCGGCUGACUGGAGAAUGGGAACCCCAGGACUCUCCACUCAUCUCGAAGGGUUGUGGUCCCCCCAGGAAAGUCUCGAGACAAUGGGGACAUUGUUGGUAGCUGUUCGGUAGAUGCUCUUUGCUAUUUAUAAGUGACUUUAAACCUUCUCUUGGCUGUUAAGAAAUGUGUUCUAGAUUUAGCUAUUUAUUGUUUGCGGCCUGCAUGCUGAAACAGUGCUUACGUUGUCUCCAUGUGUACGGGGCCUGUGUGGAUGGUCGUAUGUUUUGCACAUUUUGUAGUUGUUGGUGUGCUUCGCCGCACACAAAAAAAGAAGACUUUGGGGCUGUAAUUUGGAGGAUAAGUAGAGGGUGGGUGGGGGGAGGGGUACAUUUUUGAAGUGUCGGGACAGAGACAGAUUCCAAGACUGGAAACUUCAAUUACAUCCAGAGGCAGAGAAACCUUUCCUCGACCACUCUUUAUUGAGGUACCCUGGUCACACUGAUGGCAGGACACACAAGAGCAGGGUAUUGGUCUGCCCUUCUUCCUCCUGUCCGUCUGAUUUACCUAACUUUGGUCUCGGCUGCUGACUCUUGGAGAGGACCAAAUUACUUUGUAGUAUUUCCCCCGUUUGUGUAAUGUCCUGAAACCUUGGAGAGGUUCCAGAAUACUUCUGUAUAUAGGGCACAGGUGAAGACAUUGUCCAAAGCUUAUUUAUUUAUCUAUUUAUUUACCCUGGGCGAGUAACCACACCAGUGGGGGGGAAAAAACUAAAAUGUGUGGAGUGUAAACAAACUCACUGACCACGUGGCUCUUGGACCUUGAUUUAGAAAGGCUCAUACUCCCAGGAAAACACCCAUUUUGAUACAAUGUAAACGUUCGUGUUCACCCUUGGAUACAUGUUGAAAGAGCUCUUUGGUACACGGAAGUGACAUCUUUGGGGUCAGUGUUACGAGGUGGCCUGUGGAGGUCUUCCGGUCCUGUUGGGAUCAUUUGUGAAUACAUUCUUUGCUCCUCUUAAGUGCUUGUUUCCUAACCGUGCAGUGGUAGGUAUUAGUACACUGGGCACUUCCCCAGGGAUCUGGGGAAGACCAGAGCUUGCAGCUCUGCCUGCUUUGAUCCAUAUUUCUCACAGUGCUGUAUUAAAAAAUAGAACCUAAGGCAGAUAGCCACCUUUACAUUGUGAGUGUGUUUACCUUGUCUAAUGACGGAUAAUUCCUUAACAUUUCUCUCCACCUUAGUACUUUAGGCUAAUUAUACACGUCUGUCUGUGCCAUGAGUAAGUGGACUGUAGUUGGACCAAAAAAACAAAUGAGCCGUUGGACCAUUUGAGCAGUCAGUUUCUGGUCCUUAGAUGUAUUCUAAGCAGUGUAAGUGUCUGAUUGUACCCUGGUGGCAUGAUCAGUUGUCUUGUAGCUGUCCCCCGCUCCAUAGUUUACAAUGCAAAUCUGUCUCAAGAUCUUCACUUCGCUGCUGCUGAGAGCAGGAGAAUUUUCUGCAGCUGUUUCAAAGUUGUGGCCUGGCCUUGAAUCCUCUAUUAAUUACUGUGUGAGCCAGAGGGAACUGCCCUGCAAGGGUGGGCCCCCAGCCGGCAGGGGAACUUUCUAGACUCCCGCUCAUUCAAUUGAUCUAGGCAUUUGGGCUUGCUACUUGACCAUUCUCGCCCUGUGAAAUGUCCCACACUUUGAAGCAAAUACAAUUCACAGCACAGUACACACAAAAACCCUGGCAUAAGACGGGGAGGUUCUUCUUAUUUUGUGAGCCGGUUGCCCUGGAAACGGAUAACAAAGGGCAGCCUUCCACUUCUGGUAUAAUGGGGGAGCCUCUUUUCUCAGGCUUGACACCUGUCUGAAUAAGAGUGAUUAGAGCCGCAUAAUAUCCCUCUCUUGGCUAUUGAAUAAGUGGUUCACAUACCCAACCCUGUAGAAGUUAGAAGAUGGUCGGUCAUGUCUGUAUGUUCUUGUUUGCAUCUACUACAUUUUUAAGGUUUUGUAAAACUGUUAUUUUUUUUUCACGAUGUGAAACUGAAGGUCAAUAAAUUAUUAGAGAUUUUCUCUUCA